AUGAAGCCCAAGGGCCUUACUGUUGCCUUUUGGCGUAACAGUAUAGGAGAAUGUUCCAGUCCAAUGUCAUUCAUUUUCAACUCCAAGUCCGAUACAAAGUCUUUGCCUGACCUCGUCGCUCACACCAGCGUCGCGCAUCGCGGCUCCACGGCAGCUUGGAGAGCCGUCCGCGGAGGUCGGAGGACCCUCAAUUGCGAGCUUGUCUGGCUGUUCCUAGCAGUCUUUGGCUUCAUCCUGCUGCGAAGCGCCCUCGGAAAAUUCCAAACUGGCCACUCUUCUUUUCAAAAACUGUUGGAGCGGAUACCUAUCGAACUGAGUCAUAUUGCCCUCAAGGAUGCUGUUGACAAUUGGGGAUGCCGCGGAGCCAAAUCUUCGCACCAUGUCACCCUCAGCAGAGUCGAGAAGCCCAAUGAAACUUGA